GUCACGGGACAGAGCAGUCGGUGACAGCCCCGAGGGCCCCCGCCCCGCACCCAUGGCCGAGCCGGAUCCCUCUGACCCUCUGGAGACCCAGGCAGGGAAGGUGCAAGAGGCCCAGGACUCAGAUUCCGACACUGAGGAAGGAGCUACUGGCGGAGAAGCAGAGAUGGACUUCCUGCGGAAUUUCUUCUCCCAGACGCUGGGUCUGGGCACCCAGAAGGAGCAGCUGCUGGACGAGCUCACCCUGGAAGGGGUGACCCGCUACAUGCAGAGCGAGCGCUGUCGCAGGGUCAUCUGUUUGGUGGGAGCUGGAAUCUCCACAUCCGCGGGCAUCCCUGACUUCCGCUCCCCAUCCACGGGCCUCUAUGCCAACCUGGAGAAAUACCAUCUUCCCUACCCGGAGGCCAUCUUUGAGAUUGGCUACUUCAAGAAACAUCCAGAACCCUUCUUCGCCCUUGCCAAGGAGCUCUAUCCUGGACAGUUCAAGCCGACCGUCUGCCACUACUUCAUCCGCCUGCUGAAGGAGAAGGGGCUGCUCCUGCGCUGCUACACGCAGAACAUAGACACCCUGGAGCGAGUGGCAGGGCUGGAGCCCGAGGACCUGGUAGAAGCCCACGGCACCUUCCACACGUCGCACUGCGUCAGCCCCCUCUGCAGGCGGGAGUACCCGCUCAGCUGGAUGAAAGAGAAGAUCUUCUCCGAGGUGACUCCCAAGUGUGAGAAAUGUCAGAGCGUGGUGAAGCCAGACAUCGUGUUCUUCGGCGAGAACCUCCCAGCGCGUUUCUUCUCCUGCAUGCAGUCAGACUUCCAGAAAGCGGACCUCCUCAUCAUCAUGGGCACCUCCCUGCAGGUGCAGCCCUUUGCAUCCCUCAUCAGCAAGGCCCGCCUGUCGACCCCGCGCCUGCUCAUCAACAAGGAGAAGACUGGCCAGACUGACCCCUUCCUGGGAAUGAUGAUGGGCAUGGGAGGAGGCAUGGACUUCGACUCCAAGAAGGCCUACAGGGACGUGGCCUGGCUGGGGGACUGCGACCAGGGCUGCCUGGCCUUUGCUGAACUCCUCGGAUGGAAGAAGGAGCUGGAGGACCUUGUCCGGAAGGAACAUGCCAGCAUAGAUGCCCAGUCAGGGUCGGCGAGCUCCAACCCCACCUCUUCAGCUUCCCCCAGGAAGUCUCCACCUCCGGCCAAGGAUGAGACCAGGACCCCGGAGGGGGAGAAGCCCCAGUGACAGCUGCGUCGCCCAGGCAGACACCCUGCUCCCCUGGGACAUCGCCCGCCAGCCCCGGCCCCUCUAACUUGCUACUCAGAACGUUUCCCCAACCUCUUAACAACUCCCUCCCCAAACUGGGGUGCCAGCCCCCUGGCCCCAGCGAAUCCCUCACAUCUCUGGGGCUGACUUGGGCAGCUCACCUCUAACAGCUGCAGCCUCUCACCACUCCCUUGGACAAGGAUCCAGCUCCCCUAACUUCUAACUGCCCCCAGAGGCCAGAGGGGCCUCCAGACUCACAACUGUCCCAAGACAGGGGCGCAGGCCCCCACACUCUCUACUGCACCUAAGGGCUUGAGGCCAAGUGGAUGAAAUCUAACCCACCCUGGGUGGGGCCAGGGCCCUGCAACAUAGCUCACACUCAGUGGGGGGUGCUGAACCUGAAGGCCUCCCAAGUCUCUGCCUGCAAUUCCCUGUGCGGGUGCUGGGCCCCUUCAACUGGGGACCCACUUCCCAGCAGGGUUGGGCAGAUGAUGUUGCUUAUUGGAAAUGAAUAAAAACAAACAACAACUAA